CUUAGAUCAUUCAGUUCAGUACUUCCUUGUGACUUAUGUGUUCUGUAUUUUAUUUUGCAGUCACCACGGCUACUUUAAGGGAGUUAAGUGUUGUUCUGUUUCUCAUCUGAGCUAGGAGUCUUGUGAGUUUGGACAACUGGUGUAGCGUGGUACUAGUGAAUGUUCUAUUUCUUAUGCAAGCGACUAUCACUCAGUAUACAAGUACUCUUCAACGGUUGAUAAAGGCUCAAAUAUUAGUAUAUAAGAGACCUCUCUCUUGCAGUUGGAAUAGUGUGAUUAUCUUGACUUAUUAAGUAUACACACAUACACUGUCAAGAAUGCAGACUGUUGUGGUUUUAGCGUGCCUUCUCGGGGUGGCGGGGCUUGCCAGCGCCCACUUGUGCCUUGUGGAACCGAAACAGCGAGGCUCCAUUAUGGGGCUAGACAAAGCAGGGUCUGACGACUGUAUCCUACUGAAAGGACCAUGCGGAGGUCGUGCAUUGGAAGAACCAAGAACCAUGUUCAAGGAGGGCGGAAACUACACCGUGAUUUUCCAGAAAAACCUUGACCACUGGGUCAAGGCCACACCGGGCUAUUUCUCCGUCAGCCUGAUGCAGGGACCCACGGUAAAAGCGCUGAACCAAAUAACUGACAUGGGAGAACCUUCCUUGACACUGUACACGGCCAGUGGACAAAUGCCAUUAGGAAUGAAGGGCAAGGCCGUCCUCCAAGUUCAAUACGUUCCAAAGAACCCACAGGCACCCGCCGUCUUCUAUCAGUGCUCAGACAUCAUGAUCCAUUUGAUGUCAAUGACUAGGAGAUUUAAACAAUUUGCAACUGGGUUGAGUCAGAUUGAUUCAAAUGGACUUGGGCAGGUAACUCGGAAUACACCACUGAACACGUGUGAGCCUACACUAAAUUCUGAUUGGUUGAACACCUCGAAAUUAAACCUAGCGGAGGAUAUAGAUAUAGAAAGGCUGAUAGAUAUGGCGACGAACUACCAGAGUGUCCAACCCGGAGGCAUUUGGAGUCCAGAAUCAUGCACGCCAGCUGCAAAGGUCGCUGUAAUAAUCACAUACAGAAAUAGGGAAUCACAUUUAAAAGUUAUUCUAAAGGUGCUUCACACUCUGCUUCAAAAUCAGCAGCUGCAUUAUGGAAUUUACGUUGUGGAAAUGGCGAUGCCAACUAAGUUCAACAUUGGUAUUCUUAUGAACGUUGGAUUUUUGAAAGCCAAAAGUGAGGAGAAUUAUGACUGUUACAUUUUCCAUGAUGUUGACCUUGUGCCCCUCAAUGGCGCGUUGAUGUACACGUGCAGACAAUUUCCAAACCAUAUGUCAGCGUUUAAUACCAAAUACUUGAAAGGGGAGACAAAGAAAGCGCUCCCAUAUUCAGCAUACGUUGGUGGUAUAAUAAGUUUAAAAGGUGAACAUUAUGAACAAAUAAAUGGGUUUUCAAACGCAUAUUUUGGAUGGGGAGGAACGGACGAUGAUAUAGAAAUUCGAGCAAAAAGGAACAAACUAAAAUUUGUCCGUGAGAAACCGGAAGUAGGUCGCUAUUACGCGCUUCCCCAUGUACUAGAUGGCGGAAACGAUCAAAAUAAAAUAAAAGGUAUUCUCCUGAAGAGGGUUGCAGCACGGAUGUCAUACGAUGGUUUGAACAAUGCAGAAAACUUGACUAAAGUAGAAAAGUUUGAACGAAGACCGCUAUAUUCGUGGCUCCUCGUUAAAUGUAAUGAAACCGAUGUCAUGGACAGUGUUCAGCGAUUCUUUUUGACCGAUGCUAUAAGUUCCAUUGCUGUCCAUUUGUCUUCAGUUCACAUCAUUCCGCCAGAGAACCAACACUACCACACCAUGCAACUGACAGCAGCCGUCCUGGUUACUCUUGUGGCCACCGCCACUGCCCAUCUCUGCAUGCUCUCUCCUAGACAGCGCGGUACUAUGGAUGGCAUCAACAAGGCUGCAAGCGCCGACUGCUACCUUACCACGGGACCAUGCGGAGGGAGACCGGCCGAGGAGGCCGUGAUCCACUGGCAUGACGGAACUGAUUAUCAGCUGUCCUUCCAGAAGAACGCGGAUCAUUGCGACAAGAACACGCCAGGCUAUUUUAACGUGACAAUGAUGCAUGGGCACAUGGUUCAACAUCUUGCCCAGAUAGCUGAUGAUUGUGCUCCGUCCCUCACUAUCUACACACCCAUGGUAUCCCUACCAGCAUCGGUGGUUGGCCAUGCAACAAUUCAGGUGACAUAUGUGACGAACAACCCCAAUGUCCCUCUGACCUUCUAUCAGUGUGCUGACGUCAUCAUCAAUCACCAAGGCCAUCCUGCAGGAAAAUAAUCAACAUACGAAUUGAU